UUAGCUUCGUACAACACCCCUCCGAGCCCCUUUGCUAGUGAUUAAAACCCGCCCGAAACUAAAAAGAAUCAAUCUCCCAACAAGUUUCAACUUCCCAUUUUCUAGUCUUUUAAUCCUUUGUUACUCUUCUCUUCCAUCCAAAGCCAAGAAUUUCCACUACAUUUUACACAUACAUAAAACUAUUCUCUGCAAUUCUCCAUAGCUUUAUAAAAUAAUUGUGUUGAUCAAUAAUUGUAAAAAGGGUUAUCCUUUUCUUCUUUUAAGCUUAAAACAAUGAAGGUUCAUCCAGUACCAAGAAAACGCAACAUCACGCUCCGAUACGACAUCGUUUCAGCACUCUCCCAGGCCAACGCCAUAGCAUCCGGCCGUCAAAAGAAGCUCCGUCGACUACCUCACAUCUUCGCGAAGGUUCUCGAACUUCCUUUCCAUUCCGAUGCUGACGUGUCUAUCCAAGAGAGCCCCGAUUCGUUGCGCUUCGUUAUCCCGACGGAUGAUAACGUUGGGGACAAUAUUAGGGCCCACACAGUUGAGAUCUAUCCUGGUGUUACUAAGAUUGUGAUACGAGGGGAUAAUGUUUUGGAUUCGUCUUUAGGUGAGUUUGAGCUCGACUUAUGGCGAUUCCGUCUCCCGCCGUCAACUCUGCCGGAGCUGGCUACCGCCGCUUUUAACGACGGCGAGCUGGUGGUCACGGUCCCCAAAGACCCACAUGAAGAAGACGUGGAUGGUGCUGAUAUUGGGAUGACAAUUUCUCAACUGCUAAUGGGAUGACAAUUUCUCAACUAUGUGCAUUCCUGUGCUAGUUGCUAUUACUGACAGAUGCUAGAUUCAAUCUGUUUUGCAUAUGGGAUGGAAUUAAUCAGAUCAUCAAGGCUUAAGAGCUGAGGCCAAUCUGAAGAAGAUUUAAUUUCGAGAAAUUUCUGUAGUUGGAUUCUAUAACCUUUGAGUUUAUUAUUUACUCGUGGUUGCAUAUAUUUGAAAUGCAGAAAUGAAUUUUUGGUUGUCA